AACUGGGCAGCAAUCCGACAGCGACGACACUGUCCCGUUUACUUCCCAUUAUUUGUCGGAGGAGGCAGAUGGAGGAGUCGCUGGAAGUGAAGUCCCUUUACACGACAGCUAAUCGCGGGGAUCUUGAGCAACAUUCGGACCAAGAAUUUGGACGUACGACGCGUUGGUGAACAGGAAGUUAGCUUGACGUUUCUGCUAAUCUCCCACCGAUAGCCUUGUAGUGGGGUCGACCAUGGCAGUAGGAUGGGCUGAACUCACCGUUUGUUGUCUGAUAAGUUUGCCUCUCCAAUUGGUAAACUCAUUCAACCUGGAUGUUGACAAACCUUUAGUUUAUUCUGGGACCGAGGGGAGCUACUUUGGUUUCUCUGUAGAUUUCUUCAAGACUGCCACUAACAAAGGGGCCGAGAUUUUGAUUGGUGCUCCCAGGGCCAACACUUCAGAUGUCAGUGAAGUUGUGGAAAGAGGAGCUGUGUACAGUUGUCCUUGGAAAAGUUCAACAUCAUGUCGACAGCUGCAGUUUGACAUUUCAGGAGACCGCAAGAAUGCUAAUGGGGAUCAGAUGGAGUUUAAAUCCAAACAGUGGUUUGGUGCAUCAGUGCGAUCAGAUGGAGAACACAUCCUGGCCUGCGCUCCGCUCUACCAGUGGUCAACCUUUGGUAUCUCUGAGCGAGAGCCUGUGGGAACUUGUUUUUUGAAGAAGGGGUCAGAGAUUGUGGAGUAUUCUCCGUGCAGAUCAAACGCCAACUCUCCUGAGGGUCAGGGAUUCUGCCAAGCAGGGUUCAGUGCCAGUUUUCUUAAGAAGAACAACAGAGUGGUGGUUGGAGGACCCGGCAGCUUCUACUGGCAGGGCCAGCUGAUUUCUGAUGAUGUCACCGAGAUAUUUGCCCGAUCCACAAAUGGCUACAUCACUCCAUAUGGAAAUACCUUGGCGACAAAGUCUGCCACUGCCCAGUAUGACGACAGUUACCUCGGUUAUUCUGUGACAGUGGGUGACUUCAAUGAUGAUGGAAAGGAAGACUAUGUGACUGGAGUCCCCCGUGGAGAGAAAGCUCUUGGUUAUGUGAAUAUCUUCAAUGGGCUCAACAUGGAGUCGAUGGUCAACUUCACAGGAACUCAGAUGGCUGCCUACUUCGGACAUUCGGUAGCUGCUACUGAUGUAAACAGAGAUGGGCUCAUAGACUUGUUGGUCGGUGCCCCAUUAUUCAUGGACAGAGGUUCCGAUGGCAAACUGAGGGAGGUGGGAGAGGUGUCUGUGUAUCUUGGAAAAGGUGGAUUUUCCUUUCACCUUGCGCAGACCCUCAAAGGGUCUGAGGUGUAUGCUAGAUAUGGCUCGGCCAUUGCUGCACUUGGGGAUCUGGACUUGGACGGCUACAAUGAUGUAGCUAUUUCUGCACCUUACGGAGGUCCUGACCACCUUGGCUUAGUCUACAUCCAUAAUGGCGGGCCAAAUGGGCCUGAUCGUUCACCGUCACAGGUUCUUCAGGGAAAGUGGGCAUCCACCUACAUGCCUGCAAGCUUUGGAUAUUCUAUGACUGGAAAUACUGACAUUGAUCAGAAUGGAUAUCCAGAUUUAAUAGUCGGAGCCUUUGGAGCAGACAAAGCAGUUCUAUACAGAGCUCGCCCUGUAAUUGGCGUGAACGCCACAUUAGACAUCACUCCUCAGAUCAUCAACCCAGAGGAAAAGAAAUGCUCCCUUUCUGGGUCAAACACACCUGUGUCGUGCUUCAGAAUAAAGUACUGUAUAAAGGCCAGUGGAACUCAAGCUCCAAGUCUUCUAAACUUCCGUGUACAUCUCAUGUUGGACCGUCUCAAGCAAAAGGAGACCAAACGUGUUCUCUUCCUCUACAAUAAAGCGUUUCAAUAUGCAAAGAACAUGACGGUGUCAAACGGCAAAACCCCUGCAUGUGAGGAGCAACAGGUGUUUCUGAAGGAUGAAUUUCGAGACAAGAUUACACCUAUCUCUGUGGUGAUGGAGUACAGUUUAGACUCCCAGCAUGCUGCGGAUCAAACCGGGCUGCUGCCCAUCCUGGAUAUGUCAGCCCCAUCCAACAUCACUAAGCAGUGCCACAUCCUGUUGGACUGUGGGGAGGACAACAUAUGCAAACCUGAUUUAAAGUUGUCUGUGGAGAGCAAUCUCCAGCAGAUUUACAUUGGAGAUGAUAAUUCUCUAACCCUGAAGAUUACUGCUGAGAAUCUGGGUGAGGGAGCCUAUGAGGCUGAGCUUCACGUCUACCCCCCACAUCAAGCUGACUUCACCGAGGUCGUCCGUGGUCCGGCUCUUACCAGGUUGUCGUGUGCGUACAAAAAAGAAAACCAGACCAAGAUGGUGGUUUGUGACCUGGGCAAUCCAAUGAAAGGAGGGACAAAGGUGGUGGCGGAGUUAAGCUUCAGUGUGCACCAGCUGUCUGAGGAGGACACGUCAAUCAAGUUUGACCUUCAGAUGAUCAGCUCCAACCAGUUCAACAAUACCAGCCCUAAGGUGUCAAGUGUCACCAAGCUUGCAGUUCUCUCCAGAGUUCAGAUCCGAGGUUCCUCAUCUCCUGGUCAGGUUCUAUUACCAAUCGCCAACUGGAAGCCGAAUGUACCUCCUGUCUCAAAGGAAGACCUUGGGCCCCAAAUACUGCAUGUGUUUGAGCUGCUGAACAGCGGCCCAAGUACCUUCAGUAAGGCGGCGCUGGAGGUGAAGCUGCCCUAUAAGUUGAGCAACGACUCCCUGCUCUAUGUAACCAGCUUUGAGACUGAGGGUCCUGUCAAUUGCAGUACAGAUGUGGAAAUCAACCCACUCAACAUUUCGCUCCAUCUGGCUUCCGAAAAAAACGCCACUGAUGUGUCAUCCGGCAAUGUACAAACGGAGGGACGGAAUCCAAACCAUGUAAGGAAGAGAGACCUGGAGCCCCGAGACUCACAGGACGAUCUGCAAAUCCUGGACUGCAACACCCAACAGCAGUGUUUACAGUUCAAGUGUCAGGUUGGCCGACUGGAGAGGAACAAGAAUGCCAUCCUCUUCAUCUACUCUAGGCUGGUUGUCAACAGCUUCCUGAAGGCUGAGAACCAAAACCGUUCGUAUGUGAUUCACUCAUCUGCAGCUGUCAAUGUUAUUGAGAUGCCAUACAAGAACCUGGUGUCUGAGCUGCCAUCCAACAGCACAACGGUGAGUGUGUCAGUGCUGUGGGUGGCGGAUAUUCCUCCACCUAUACCAGGCUGGGUUGUUGCCCUUGCUGUCCUGGCAGGACUGUUGCUGCUGGCUCUGCUGAUCCUCAUCAUGUACAAGCUGGGUUUCUUCAAACGUGUCCGCCCCCCUCAAGAAGACUCUACUGAGAAGGAGCAACUGCAGCCAGAGGAGAACGGGAACACUGAUGCUUAAAUUUCUUCUUCACUGUGGAUGAUGACUGAACGUUGAUGGAAAGUAGAUGUUGAAAAACAAGUACUUACUUUGAGUGUUUUUGCCAAAACCAGUGUAACAGCUUCCACUGAUUAAACCAGCAGCACAUGCAAUGUUGAUUAUUUGGUCAUUUUUAAUUGUGUAUUUUUUAAAUUACUGCCAAAAUAUAAAUGUCAAUAAUACAUUGGGUGAGGAUUGAGAGAACAUACACUGUAUGGUUAAUAAACUGCUGUGUGUACAGUAUUUUGUGUAUUGCAGAGUGUAUAUUUUAAGGAGGUGUAGAGAAGGAAGCACAAUAUGAAAUAUUUCUUUACCACAAUGAUCUCAAAAUAUGUGUGUGACUGUUAACUGCUUUUAUAACUUUGUGGAAUCUGGCCUUACUUUCUAAUCAUCACUUUGCUUCUUUUUGUUUUUGUGAACUUUCAACUGCGGGUACUAGUAUGUAUAAUUAAUCUUGAAUUUUGUCCGUCAGUCCUGAGCUGAGGACAAAUAAUGGGUUCUGGUUGUUUUACUCAGAGUACAUCCAGCAAUUGUUUUCUUUCCAAUCGUUUAAUAACUUGACUAAUAGCUUUGGAAUUCACAUGCCACCGAGUUACACCGUAUCAUUUAUAAUGUAUUGACUUCAUGAUUUCAUGGAUUUGCUCACGUGAUUAAGUAUAACAAUAAACCACAGAUUUCCUCAACCCCUUUGACUAAUUGGUGUUUUGAACCACCCUGCUUGAAAUGGUCAGCACACAAGGGUUAGAGGUCAGGCUUAUCUUGGGUUGUUUGCCAUUUCUUGCAAAGUGUCCUGAAGUUUAAAGUGUGAUUUUACAUGUCUUCUUUCAAAGCAAUGCCUUAAUACCAAGUGGAAAUUGACUUCUUCAGUAAGAUUUUUUCCUUUUUUAAUUUUGUUUUUGAUUUGUGUUUGUGUUUUAUUUUGUGUCUUUGACAUUGAGGUGGUACAGAGAGUGACUUGAGCUUGUUGAUAAAAGUUAGCAUUUAACAAUUACCAUUUCUUUGUCUUGAUAAUAAUAUAUUUUGCUGCCUAAUCCUGAAAUUAGUGCAUAAAUUAAUUGAGAUAUCUGUAAUUAUCGGCGAUCAUUUGGUAUCACACUGGUGUUUUGAAACUAAAGUAAAAUGAACAUGCUAGAAGUGUCUUCCUUGUUUUAUGAUUCUUUUGUUUUUCGUUGUAAUUUUACAUUUGGACCACAGUCGGAUCCUCGCUGUAUUACCAGGCUGCAUCCACAUAGAAUGAUGGUGGUGGACACAAGCAUGCAGCAGUGACUCCACUAAAUUACAUGAGCCUUCUUGUCUAUGCAUUAAAUG